ACACCUUUGCCAGUAAGGUGGCAGCCAUCCAGGACCAGUAUGCUGACGCAUCCAUCGGCAACGUGACGGGCAGCAACGCGGUCAAUGUGUUCCUGGGCAUCGGCGUGGCCUGGUCCAUGGCUGCCAUCUACCACAACUCCAAGGGCAACGACUUCAAGGUAGACCCGGGGAGCCUGGCCUUCUCCGUCACUCUCUUCACCAUCUUCGCCUUCAUCUGCGUGGGGGUGCUGAUGUACCGGAGGCGACCUUCGAUCGGCGGCGAGCUGGGGGGUCCGCGGACUCCCAAGAUARUGACCACCAUGCUGUUUGUCAGCCUGUGGCUGCUGUACAUUCUGUUCUCCUCGCUGGAGGCCUACUGCCACUUCAAGGCCUUCUAAACAGCAUCAGACUUAAGAAGGCCCAAGAAGAGCUAACCAGAGACAAGAAGGAGGCAACAGCAGUGGUGAAAAACAUUUUCCUCUUGUCAUUAAUAACUCCCCCUUUCCUCCUAUKCCCCUUUUAAGAAGUGAAAGAUCUGCCCCCCUCUGUCCCCAUGGUCUAGUGCUUAAUGGAUGAAACUGGUUGUUCAGGCGAGGAGAGGCCUGUCAAGGCUAGGACAGACACCCCUCUGAAGUCUGUAGAAUGGCAGACUGUGUGUGUGUGUGUGUGUGUGUGUGUGUGUGUGUGUGUGUGUGUGUGUGUG